CUGAAAACCAACGUGUGUAAAGAAAAGUCACAUGUGCGCUCGUGUAGGUAGCACGAGAGGUGCAAGUGCUUUAAUAACUUUAUAAAUUAUUAUAGACAUUUUUAGGGGUAUUCUAGAAAACUACAGCGAAGAUUUGUGUUAUCUUUCUAGGUUUAAAGUAUGGGCAGGAAAUUGGAUCCCACCAAUAAGGUGAAAAGAGGACCUGGACGCAAAUCCAGGAAACAGAAGGGAGCAGAGACUGAGCUCGCCAAUUUUUUGGUUGAUGAUAAUGAACCAAAAAAAUUGUCAAGCAGAGCAAGAAAACGAGCUGUAAAGAGAGCUCAAGUGACAAAGGAACCCAAACAAGCGGAAAAGUCCAAAAAAGGAUUCUCCGAUGAGAACAGUCAGUGGCUGAAGCCUGCGCAGAGAAAACGAAAGAUUGAUGAAGAUGAGGACAGUGACAGCAACUGGGAGGAAGAUGAUGAUGAGGAGGAGGAGGAGCAGGCCCCUUGUAAAAAAGAAAUGGAGGAGGAUGAUGAUGAUGACGAAGAUUUGGUUGAUGAUUAUGGUGCUGAUGAAGAGGAUAAACAAGGCAGUGAUGAAGAAGAGCUUCUGCCUAUUGAGAAAGCCGCAAGAAAACAGAAACAGUCAAUGAAAGCAGACAUUGAUGAAGAUGAUGACAGUGACGAAGAGGAGGAGAUGAGUGAUGAUGAAGCAGAGGAAAAGAGUGCUGCAGAAAUCGAGGAGGAUGAGGAGGAAGAUACUGUGCAGGCAAAUUUGGAUGAACUGGACAAAUUCACACUCCCUAGUACUGCAGAGCGACAGAAAGAGGGUCUUUUACCUAUGGACCUGCAGACCAUUCAUCAGAGGAUCAAAGAUAACGUGGACGUGUUGUCUCACUUUACUGAAAAGCGAGAGGAGGGCAAAGAGAGAUCAGAGUAUCUCUCCCUCCUGCGUUCUGAUCUCUGUACAUAUUACAGCUACAACGAGUUCCUUAUUGGGAAACUCAUGGAUCUGUUCCCUCUCUCUGAGCUCAUUGAUUUUCUCGAAGCCAAUGAAAUUCACAGGCCGGUCACCAUCAGAACGAACACACUGAAGACCAGGAGAAGAGACCUGGCUCAGGCUCUUAUUAAUAGAGGAGUGAACUUGGAUCCAAUAGGAAAAUGGUCUAAAGUGGGGCUGGUUAUCUACGACUCUUCUGUUCCCAUAGGAGCAACUCCUGAAUAUUUAGCAGGCCACUAUAUGCUGCAAGGAGCAUCAUCGUUUCUGCCUGUAAUGGCUCUGUCUCCUCAGGAGGGGGAGCUGGUGUUGGAUAUGAGCUGUGCUCCAGGAGGAAAAACCACAUAUAUGGCUCAGUUAAUGAGAAACACAGGCACGAUCGUGGCCAAUGAUGCGAAUGCGGACAGACUGAAGAGUGUUGUGGGAAACAUGCAUCGUCUUGGUGUUACCAACAGUGUCAUCUGUAAUUAUGAUGGCAGACAGUUUCCUAAGGUGAUGGGAGGUUUUGACAGAGUAUUACUGGAUGCUCCUUGCUCCGGUACAGGAGUCAUCGCCAAAGAUCCAGCUGUGAAGACCAGCAAGGAUGAGUCUGAUAUUCUCCGCUCGGCUCACCUGCAGAAGGAGCUCAUCCUGUCAGCCAUUGACUCUGUCAACGCUGACUCCGCUACAGGUGGAUACCUCAUCUACUGCACCUGCUCUAUUAUGGUAGAAGAGAACGAGUGGGUGGUGGAUUAUGCUCUGAAGAAGAGAAAUGUUAAGCUGGUACCCACAGGAUUGGAUUUCGGGAAGGAGGGAUUCACCAGAUUUAAAGAGCGACGGUUUCAUCCCUCCCUAAAACUGACACGCCGAUUCUACCCUCACUCCCAUAACAUGGACGGGUUUUUUGUAGCAAAGUUCAAGAAAAUCUCAAAUCGCAUCCCUACUGCCCCAAAAGAAACUGAGAAUGAAGUUGAAUCUACGAUAAAGGAGACUGGAGCGUCACCAAAACAGAAAUCCAAGGAGCCAAGUCCAGGAAAGACCACCAUGGGCAUGAAGAAGAAAUUUAAACAGGAUAAACCUGAGGCAGCACCCGCCAUCAAGAAAAAGAUGGGAGGAAAACCUGAGGGCCCUAAAAAAGCCAAAAUACCCAAGUUAGAUGCAGAGGCUUUAAAAAAGGGUAAAAAAUUCAACAAGAAGCAGAAGGUCAAUGGCGAUGCUGAGGAGGAGGUAACGGGGGAGAAGAAAAACCAAAGGAAAAAGAAGAACUUUCUGAAGAAGAACAGAACGGGAAAAAACAAGUUUAGGAAGUUAAAAAGUUGAUAAAUCAGCAAGAAAGUGGACAGUGAAAUUCAGUCAUGUUUUUCAAUGAAAUGUGUGGGCACCGAACUGGCAUGCCUGUCAAUAAUUUCAUGUCGGAUGCAAAGAUCUGAUUGGACAGCUGUUGAGGACCUUGUGUAUAGACUUUUGUCUACUUUGUCUUGGCCUGGAGGUUUACCUUACCUUUGUGGUUAUAAAUUUUAUAAAAUAAUAGUUCAUUGUUAAUUUUUAUGUACUUUGUUUCAAAAAGUAACAUUUAACCGAUAUGAUGCAGUGAAAUGUAAGCUUGAGUCAAAAUGUAUGUGAUGUUUUCUCUCGCACAGAUUAAAAAGAAAGUUUAAAAACAGCCGUUCUGAUAAAGUGAAACUGUCUGAGACCUUUAAACGCCACGGCCGUCACCUUCCCCGAGUAUAGCGUGACUAAAUCGACCUGACUUUUCCUUUCAGGCUUUUAAAACAUCACCUCAGAAAUAAGAUCAAAAGCUCUAUUGAGGCGGAAAUGAGAUGAAUGUUCGAGUCGAAGUUCAUCACGACUGCAGUCCACAACACCUAUUGACAGCACUUUUCACAUCGCUUACCUGCCAUCACAGUGCAUUAUCAGCACGAAAAAGUUUCCUUCAGGUUAAAAUGGAUAAAACGCUCGCCAGAUGAACUUCAGCUAUGUGCCAUCACCUCUUCCUUCCCACCCUUUUGGCCCUGUGCCGUGUAACCAUGGUAGCGUACUUUAUGGUAUUGUGUGUUGCAAAGCCACGGUCUCAUACCCUUCGAACUGCUCUGUGCUUGCGUAAAAUACUUUUGUCUUUACAAAAGAUAAAGCCCAAAAUGCCGUAAUUAUCGCUGCUUGUUCUUCCCGAAGCUGUUGAAAUGUAACGCGUGUAAUAUAGGCAAAGCGUUUAUUUUAAUCACAUUGUGGUGAUUGCUUGCAAGAAGAUAAUUUAAGGUUAUGCUUGAAGGGUAAAGCAAACCAUUCAGCAGGUCUGUGGGUAGUGCGGUUUAGAUCAGACUGGUUUGACAUCCCGCUGAUUAAAUGCUAUUGUAGAUGGAUAAUUAUAAUGAUUACCUGUACACAUGAUUGUAGAGGAGGGAGUGUCCCGUCCAUCUUUACUGUGAGCCACGUUCUCCAUUUUCAAUAAAAUUGUACUGAGUUUUCCACA